AAGUUGACUAGUCAACAUGGGAAUGCCUAAUGCUUCUAUUAGGGCAUGCAUUCAACAAUCUAUAGUAGUUUCAUUAUUAAAUAAUUUAGUACACAAACAACUUCACAUGAAUAAAUAAUGAUUUAUAAGGGUCAACAAAUAUGUGCUAGCACAUGUCAAUAUUCAAUAAUUCAUGAUAUUUGGUAACACUAUAAAUACCACCCUUUGUGCUUCUAAUAUCUCACAUGCACCAUCAAUUAAUCUUUCUCUGAUUUCAAUUUUCCUAGUUUAUUUACUUUGUAAUUAUUUCGAAUAUUUGAUAAUAUGGGUGCCAUCACUUACGAUAUGGAGAUUCCUUCUUCGAUCCCGGCUUCGAAGAUGUUUAAGGCCAUCGUUCUUGAUGCUGACACGCUCAUUCCGAAGAUAAUGCCACAUGCUAUCAAAAAUGUCGAAAUAUUGGAGGGAGAUGGUACUUGUGCAGGUACGGUCAAGAUCAUCCAUUUCGGAGAAGGCAGCAAAUUUAAGAGCGUCAAGCACCGUGUUGAUGCUCUCGAUGCGGAGAAUAUGACACACAGCUACAGCAUUAUUGAAGGAGAUGCUUUAAUGGGAGUUGUCGAAUCGAUCACUUAUCAUAUUAAGAUUGUUCCGACCGAAGACGGAGGCUGCAUCUGCAAGAAUCGAAGCAUUUACAAUGUGAAGGGAGAUGGUCAUGAAAUUACCGAAGAUAAAAUAAAGGAAGGCAAAGAGAAAGCCAUGGCUAUGUUCAAAGCUAUAGAGGCUCACCUCCACUCCAAUCCCGAUUACUAAAAUACCGACUACUUGUCCUUGUUUUAAUCAAUUUUAUUACAUUGUGUGACAUUGUGUGAUUUCUUGUCUUUUUUUUUCUUCAGUUUUCAUCACACUUUAUGCGUAUCAAUAAGUUGGAUUUUGCUUAAA